AUGUCGCAGGCAUCGUUUUCAUACUCCAACGAACAAGGAAACAACAUAAUUGUGUCGGAAUCUUUACGUGAAGACACUGACACCCCUCCCCCAGAAGAAGAUCUAAACGGAGCCUUCUACGAUUUACGUAAACUGAUGGAACGUGACCUUAAACUACAUUGGCACAUCGUCUUUCUAUCAGACCACUGGAGAGAUGGAUUGAUACCAAGAGGACUACGAAUAGCCAAAUUCCCCUCCUUCCCGACCGACGACGAGGAAUUCAAGACAACAUGGGAAUCCAUUCUAAACAAGUGUUCCAGAGACCUAAUGCUUCUACUCAUUAAACAGGCGAAGAGCGAGAGGACAGCCGUGAACGAGCGCAUCCAGACCCUCAGAGCUUCCAUGGCCCCAGCAAAUGACGCACAGAUCCCAUAUGAAGAGAAACUAAAGACGGACUUGGAAAAACUUGAAACAAAUAUAAAACAGGCCAAGAUGCGGAAAUUAAAGAGAGAUGAGGACGACUACAAACGGAAGACCAUCUCGCUCUUUUUUGGAGGAAGAAUGGCCACUACCGAAGCCAGGAUUACACCAACAACCGCAAUACGCAAGACGCGCAGAGGAAGAAGAAAAAAGAGGAAGGAUAAAAAGGCCGAAGGAAACUGCAACGGCGAGAGCGGGCCUGAGACACCGAACACCGAUGAAGUAUCCACACUACUCGUUGAACAAAGACAUUUCAGCAGAUUCAAGACCUCUUCAGUCUCCAAGAUCGUCAUGGCAAUGCUCAAUGUGUCUAAAUACAAGGAGAUCAUCUCCAAAAGCACUCUGGUCCAUCCAGGAUGUCUCAAAGUCUACCAGGUGUACCCAAAGGAAACCAAGAUUGGAAACUUUACUCGGAUGACUUUUGGAGAAAAAAAUGUGAGGCAGACAAACAGGACCAUCUUACUAGUAGGUGAAACAGGAACUGGAAAGUCUACACUCAUCAAUGCCCUGGUAAACUACACCAUGGGAGUGACAUGGAAGGAUGAAGUCUGGUUUCAGGUGGUAAAAGAAGAGGGGAAAAGGCAAACUGAGAGUCACACAUCCGAUGUGGUUGUGUAUGAAGUGUUUGGUUUUGAGGGCCAACUUUUGCCCUUCUCUCUCACCCUCAUAGACACCCCUGGGUAUGGAGCCACAAAGGGGACCAAAGACGACCACAUUGUUACUGCAAGAUUAUAUGAUUUGUUUCGAUCUGUGGAUGGAGUCAGGGAAAUCCAUGCAGUGGGUUUGUUGGUGAAGGCAUCAGAGAAUCGUCUUAGCGAACGACAGGAGUACAUCUUGAAUUCUGUGAUGUCACUAUUUGGAAAAAACAUGGAGAAAAACCUUGUAUCGCUCAUCACACACUCAGAUGGCAAUACACCUAAAAAUGCAUUUGAAACUCUGGAGAGGGCAGGUGUUAAAUGUGGCAAAAACGAAAAGAAUCAGCCCAUUCACUUCCUGUUUGACAAUUGCCAGGAAAUAAAAGGAGAACAGAAGGAACGUGCCUUGAGGUAUGCUUAUGAAACAUCAACAGAAGGAAUGAAAGGGCUCAAAACCUUUUUGGAAAACAUAAAGCCACAGUAUGUUGAGAAAUCUAUGAAUGUGUUGGCAGAGCGCAUCAGACUAACUGCCUGCAUCCAAAACCUACAGGAAAGAAUACAGAACAUCACAAUGAAGCAGACUGAGAUCAAGAGGGCUCAGGAGGAUGUGAAGAAAUGUAAAGAAGAAGGGAGAGACAUGGUAGACAUUACGGAGACACACACAGUUGAAGAAUCCAUUAAAGGCGGGUGGUGGUUUUUGGUAGCAUUUUAUAGUGGGGCAACCCGCUGCACUCACUGCAAAGAAAACUGCCACUAUCCUGGUUGCACAUAUGCCCCGAGUGCUGCAACAUGUGAGGUUAUUAAAGGUGGAAAGUGUACUUCAUGUACAAACAAGUGUCCAGCUUCUGUCCAUGUGAAAGAUGACAAGAUGUAUGAGACCAAGACGAGACAAGUGAAGAAGUCCCUAUUUGAUGCUGAAGAGAAAUAUGGCCUGCUUAAAUGCAAGAAAGAAUUGGAAGAUCUGAAAGCAGAUAAGAAACGCUGGCUGGAUGAGGCCUAUCAACAUGUUGUCAAGCUGGAUGACAUUGCCCUGAUCACUAAUUCACUGUCCACUCAUGUCCACUUGGACGGCCUGAUUAAGGGGAUGAUGGAGGAGGGAGAUGAAGGCAAGACCAAGAAACUGAAGGAGUUUCAGAAACGACUGGAUAGAGGACUUCAGGCAGCACUCAAGUACAAGCUUAUGGGUGAAUAAUUUACGCAGCCUGGAAAGCCUGAUGUUCAAGUGAAGAAUGUCAAUGUUGCUUCAGAGCAGAUUAUUCCACAUAACUGUAUAAUCAUAAAUAUAAUCAUUGUUAUGUAGUGACAUGACCAGUGUGUUCUCGGUCUUUCCUUUACCACCUUUCAAACUCGGUAUUGAUGUUACCAUGUAUGCCAAGACUGUAUCUUCUCUUAUUUUUUUCUGUAUCGUCGUCUUCCAUGUCAUAAGUCAUGAGA